UCUGGCUUUAGGAGCUGGAGAAGGUUUCUCACAGGAGGAGAUGCUAGCUCCGAGUGCUUUCCAGACACAUCAGAGAAAGACAGAGAAAACAGGAGAGAAUGAGAACAUUCUCGUGCUGGACAGUGGUGAAGAGCGCUUGCUGUUGCAGAAGAUCCGAGUUCAGUUCUCAGAACUGAAAGGUUUGCUGGUAAUCGGGAGCCUAGGAAUACCACAGAGUCACACCUCACACAAGAGAUUUACUGGGAAAGAUACAAGAACAUUGUCUCUACCCAGGCAAAAAGCCGCAAGGCACGGCAUAGGAGCCUCUAGGGGAACCGGGAGCUCGCAGGUCGCCCCGCCCCGUCCGGCCCGGAAGGGUCAGGGGUCAGUGGGUGGUGACGAGCCGCCGCUGGUGGCUGUGUUCGCGGGUCCUGGGUCUAUGGCGCCACCGCAGCGAUGUCCUCUGUGUCGGCAAACUUUCUUCUGUGGUCGCGGGCACGUCUACAGCCACAAGCACCAGCGGCAGUUGAAGGGGGCUCUGGAGCGGCUUCUACCGCAGGUGGAGGCCGCCCGCAGGGCCGUCCGCGCCGCCCAGGUGGAGCGCUAUGUCCCAGAGCACGAUCGGUGCUGUUGGUGCCCGUGCUGUGGCUGCGAGGUGCGAAAACACCUGAGCCAUGGAAACCUGACAGUGCUACACGGGGGUCUGCUGGAACAUCUGGCCAGCCCAGAGCACAAGAAAGCCACCAACAAAUUCUGGUGGGAGAACAAGGCCAAUGCCCAGAUGAAAGAGAAGUUUCUGAUCUCCCCCCAGGAUUAUGCGCGGUUUAAGAAGUCCAUGGUGAAGGGCUUGGAUUCCUAUGAGGAAAAGGAGGACGAGGUGAUUAAAGAGAUGGCAGCUCAGAUCCGCGAGGUAGAACAGAGUCGACAGGAAGUGGUCCGAUCUGUCUUAGAGCCUCAGGCAGAGUCAGAUCCAGAGGAGGGUUCUUCAGCACCUGAAAGUUGGAAAGCGACCAACGGCCUGGCUCCCCUGUCUUUCAGCCAUGUAGCCUCCAGCUCACAGCAGGUAUCACACUUGGCCUUGCAACCUGUUGCAGAGCUUGAUUGGAUGGAGACAGGACAGCACCUAACAUUCAUUGGCCAUCAGGAUACACCUGGAGUUGGUAACAUUCACUCAGGUGCCACACCUCCCUGGAUGAUCCAAGAGGAAGAGCACAGCUCUGGAAGCCUCCCAAUAGGACCUUCCUAUGAAGAAUUUCUCAAAGAAAAGGAAAAACAAAAACUGAAGAAACUCCCUCCAGAUAGAGUUGGGGCCAACUUUGAUCACAGUUCCAACACCAGUGCAGGCUGGCUGCCCUCUUUUGGCAGAGUCUGGAAUAAUGGACGCCGCUGGCAGUCCAGGCAUCAAUUCAAAACUGAAGCUGCAACAAGAAGCAAGCAGCCAGAUAAAGGGAAAAGCUGAAGGCUCAAUCUCAUCUGAUCUCAAGGCUAACAACACAUUCCAGCUAUUUAUUCUCCUAAGACCAAAUCCUCUCCAGCUGCCUUAGUAAAACAGAUGCACCCAUUCAUUUGAUUCAAUAAAGUUUUAUUUUCUCACAUG